UUUGAAUACGUUGUUUAAUGUUUAUCUCUGUUUUCAUUCCUAUUUUCGUGGCAACUUUUUAUUCCUUACCUUUCCUUCUUCACUAGUAGAUAUGAUUUUACGUAUCAAAUUCGAAAAACAAUUUCUCUGUUUUUUCUUAUAAUAUUUAUUUUUUUGGAAUGAAAAACAAGAAUAUCCAUAUGCUGAAGUAAGCUUUAUUGUCAGCAAAGCACCAACCUUAGGCAUGUAUUUCUUUGUUUGUUAGUUCAUACUAGUUUUUAUAUAUAAUCUUGGCGGCUUUUCUUCCCAUUUUUCAAACAUUUAAUGGCUUUAGGUAAUUCCUUUUUUAUUCAAAACGUAUGAUAUAUAUUUGAUUAUCGUCAUAAUGGGUGUUUACUUUUAAUUUUUAUAUGAAAAUCUCCAUUUUUUAAUUCUUUAGAAUUCAAAUUUGGAUUUUCUUAUUGUACUUGUUAAUGGGGUCUUAUUAUUAUUAUUUUUGCUUUUUGAUUAUUCAGAUCAAGGAUUAAAUUCUGGACUAGUGUCUUGUAAAACACUUCCUCCUUUGUCUUGAAUCAAGAAGCAUUGAAUUUUCUGAGUUGAUGGAAUUCAUAUAAAUUGUUUUGAUAUGUUUUGAAAAGACGAGGGAAAAAAGAAACAAUUUUGUUGGUGAAUUAGGAAGGAAGAUAACAUGAUUUUUGCAAAGAUAUUAGAAUCAGAAAAGAGAAAUGUGAUUGUGGGAAUUCGAUUUGAUGGACAUAUUAGAGAGUUGUUGAAUUGGGCUAUUGUAAAAGUUGCAGAACCUGGAGACAGAGUUAUUGCUCUACAUGUUUGUCGUGAUGCCGGUGGAUCUUAUUUCUUUGGUGUCAGAAGGAAGUUCUAUUAGAAGAGCUUUGAUUAGGGAAGCAAAGAACCAUGCUGCAUUAGCUGUUGUAGUAGGAACUAGCAAGCAUAGUACUCUUGGGAGCUGGACCUCAAUUGCUAAAUAUUGUGCAAAGAGGCUGCCUACCACUACUGAAGUUAUGGCCAUUGACAAUGGGAAGGUUUUCUUUAGAAGAAGCUCUACCUCCUCACACAAAGGUUCUUAUGGUGAUCCAAAGCCGAGUAUCGAUCUAGAAAGAAAGUCUACUUCAAGGUAUUGCCAAUCUGAAUUUGGUGAAUCUGAGAUAUCAUUGGAGAUGGAAAGGUUCAGUUGUGAAGUGACGAGGACUUUGGAGCGAUGGGAAAAUGGUAUACAAAACAUAAAAGAGGAAAAUACAAUUCCUUCAGGAAAACACAAGAAAGGUUCUCUUUCGCUAGGUACUAUUUCUCUUCCUACAGAUGAUUCUGCUGCUGAUACUCCUCCUGGUUGGCCCCUUUUACAAACUGCGAGCUCAUUAAACGAACCUGCUAAAGUGGUAAGAAAGAUGUCGGUAGUGCAGUGGGUGAUGACCUUGCCAAACAGAUCUAUGUUAGAUAGUCCUAAAUCAAAUUCUUCUCCGAAAGAGAACCAAAAUGCUUUUGGGAUGGAAAAUGGCUACUCCGUCAUGGAUUGCAACGAAAAGGAACGUACAUCAGUAUGUAACCAGCUGAUAAAAGAUUUGCGCCUUAUACUUGAGGCAAAUUCGUCUGGCUGCAUAUGGUUUAGCUAUGAUCUUUUAAGAUCAUCGACUUCUAACUUCUCCUCGGAGAAGUUGAUUGGGAAAGGAGGGGGCAACAGCGUAUACAAAGCGCUCUUUUCCGAUGGAAAAUCAGUGGCGGUGAAGGUUAUGAAUUCAUCAGAGGAAGCAAGGACGAAUUUCAGGCAGGAAAUGGACAUUAUGACCAGAGUGAAGCACAAGAAUAUCGCUCAUCUACUUGGAAUUUGCAUAGAGGAUUCUGAUCUGAUAUCUGUUUACGAUUUUCUUUCAAAAGGGAAUUUAGAAGAAAAUAUACACGGAAGAACCAAAUCAGUAUUGCGAUGGGAAAGAAGAUUCAGAAUAGCCGUUGGAAUUGCAGAAGCCUUAAAUUACCUACACAAUGAAUGUCCAAGGCCUGUUAUUCACAGAGAUGUCAAGUCAUCAAACAUCCUUCUCCGUGAUGAUUUUGAACCACAGUUAUCCGAUUUUGGGUUAGCGAUAUGGGGCCCCAGAAAGGCGUCGUUCUUGACUGAUACUGAUGUGGUAGGAACCUUUGGUUAUCUAGCACCAGAGUAUUUUAUGUAUGGAAAAGUAAGUGAUAAGAUUGAUGUCUAUUCCUUUGGAGUGGUUCUGCUGGAACUAUUAUCAGGGAGAAAAGCUAUUGGCUUUGAGACUCCCAGUGGUCAAGAAAGCUUAGUCAUGUGGGCGAAACCUAAGUUAGAAAGUGGGAAUUUCAACGCAAUUCUGGAUGAGAAUUUGAAUGUAUGUGUUGAAGAUGAUCAAGUCCAAAGAAUGAUUCUUGCAGCAAGACUCUGUCUUACACAGGCAGCACGGCUACGUCCUAACAUAAGCCAGAUCCUGAAGACGUUGAAGGGGGAGAAAGAUGGGAAUGAAGAAGCUGUUGUUGGAAACAACAAUACAGAUGAAUAUAAUGAUGAUGAAGUAUAUCCAGAUUCAAGUGCAGAGUCCCAUUUAAGUCUUGCAUUUCUUGACGUUAAUUAUGAUAAUUCGACAUCCUUCAGCAGUAGUCAAGACCGAAGCAGUCCUCUUUCUUCUGUAGAUGAAUAUUUGAGAAAAAGAUGGAGCAGAUCAUCAAGCUCUGAAUAUUAGCUUUUAAUUAAUUUAUAAAAAGUUUGCAAUCUGUCAUUUGUAUAGUUCAAAAAGAAGCACCCAUUUUUGAGGUGAUUAGAUGUAGACUGAAGGAACCAAAAACUUUGUGUUAAUGGCAACCAAAGUUUGGCAACCCCACAGAUAUUUUACAGUUCUGUGGAUCAGAUUUGGAAUUUGAGUGUGGUCAAAUUGUGUUUGCAAUAAAGUUCUUUAGUAUCGUUUUCUUUUUC